GGGGGAAAGGCGAGGUGGACGCGCGCGCCAUGCUCGGCUGUCUCCGCCUCCUUCCGGGUAACCAAUCACUGGCGAGACGCCGGGCGCGCGCGCGCUCCCUCGGGUAACGGUCGCGAGAGGCCGCUUGCCUGACCCUGACAUCGGCAGCGGGAGCGGCGGCCAGACUCUCUUGGAAGUUUAGGAUAUUUCACAGUUCUGAAUGUUAGCCACUGAAAAUGCCAGUAGACGAUGAAGCCUCUGAAGAUGACACGGAUUCACUUUCCUCAAACAGUCCAAGAACAUUUAUUUUCCAAUAAGAGAAUAUAACAAUUUCUGUACACUAUGGAAGAGUUUGACUUGGUGAAAACCUUACACAAAACUUCAUCUUCUGUAGAAUCUGAUAAAAAUUCUCUUCAUUCUCUUGGACUGAACUUAAAUACUGAUAGAAGUAGUCCCCACCUUAGUACAAAUGGGGUAUCCUCUUUCUCAGGGAAGACCAGACCAUCUGUAAUUCAAGGUACAGUUGAAGUCCUAACUUCUUUAAUGCAAGAGCUACAAAACAGUGGAAAGACUGAUUCGGAACUUUGGAAAAACUGUGAGACCAGGUGGUUACAGCUAUUCAAUUUGGUGGAGAAACAAUGCCAAGAACAGAUAGUUGCCCAGCAGGAGCAGUUCCACAACCAAAUUCAACAUAUACAGGAGGAGAUAAAAAAUUUAGUCAAAUUACAGACUAGUAGUGCUUCCUUGGCUUCCUAUGAAGGAAAUUCUUCAAACAAACAACUAUCUUCGGAAAGUCAAAUGGGUUUUUUUUCUGAAAGCAGUGAGAGAAAUGAAUCUGUUAUCCAUUAUCCUGAAUCCACAGAACCUGAAAUAGAGCAAGAAAUGUCCACGUCACAACCAGACUGCAAUGUGGAUAGUUGCUCAGUAAGCAGUGGAUAUGGCACAUUUUGUAUCUCAGAAUUAAAUCUGUACAAAUCUAAAGACCCUAAGGAGUUCAUGGAGCACGUAAAUGUUCCCAAAGGACAGUAUGUGUCACCUGCAGUGCCGGCUGCGUCACUUGUAGAUGGUGUGAAAAAUGAGAAUUUUUAUAUACAGACUCCUGAAGAGUGUCAUGUGUCUUUAAAGGAAGAUGUAUCCAUUUUUCCUGGUGAAUUUGAACAUAAUUUUCUUGGUGAAAAUAAGGUUUCUGAAGUAUACAGUGGGAAAACAAAUAGUAAUGCUAUAACAUCAUGGGCACAAAAACUGAAGCAGAACCAACCAAAGAGACCACAUGUAGAAGGUGGAGUUUCAAGAUCUAAACAAGGAAAUGAGCAAAGCAAGAAGACACCAAUUGAGAAAUCUGAUUUUGCUGCUGCUACACAUCCUCGUGCUUUUUACCUCAGUAAACCAGAUGAAACUCCAAAUGCUUGGAUGUCUGAUUCAGGAACAGGAUUGACCUACUGGAAACUAGAGGAAAAGGAUAUGCACCACUCUUUGCCUGAAACUUUAGAGAAGACGUUCAUAUCAGUGUCUUCCACAGAUGUGUCACCAAACCAGUCUAAUACUAGUAAUGAGAUGAAGCUACCAUCACUGAAGGAUAUUUAUUAUAAAAAACAAAGGGAAAACAAGCAGUUACCUGAAAGGAAUCUCACUUCUGCUUCCAACCCAAAUCAUCCACCAGAGGUCCUGACUCUAGAUCCAACGUUACACAUGAAGCCAAAGCAGCAGAUUUCAGGGAUUCAACCGCACGGCCUUCCGAAUGCCCUUGAUGACAGAAUAUCCUUUUCCCCGGACUCUGUUCUAGAGCCUAGUAUGUCUACUCCCUCUGACAUAGACUCAUUUUCACAAGCAAGUAAUGUCACUUCUCAGUUACCUGGAUUUCCAAAAUAUCCCUCACACACAAAAGCUUCUCCGGUGGACUCUUGGAAAAAUCAGACAUUCCAAAAUGAAAGUAGGACCAGUUCCACGUUUCCGUCAGUAUAUACCAUUACUAGUAAUGAUAUCUCGGUCAACACUGUAGAUGAAGAAAACACUGUCAUGGUCGCUUCGGCCUCAGUCAGUCAGUCCCAGCUUCCAGGUACAGCCAACAGUGUCCCAGAAUGCAUUUCAUUGACUUCCUUGGAAGAUCCUGUGAUAUUGUCUAAGAUUAGGCAGAACCUGAAGGAAAAGCAUGCUCGACACAUAGCAGAUCUUCGAGCUUAUUAUGAAUCAGAAAUAAAUAGUUUGAAACAGAAGCUGGAGGCAAAAGAAAUCUCUGGAGUUGAAGAUUGGAAGAUAACCAAUCAAAUUCUCGUAGACAGAUGUGGCCAAUUAGAUAGUGCUUUGCAUGAAGCUACCAGUUGCGUGAGAACACUUGAAAAUAAGAAUAACUUACUGGAAAUUGAAGUGAAUGAUUUGAGAGAACGCUUCAGUGCAGCCAGCAGUGCUUCCAAAAUUUUGCAGGAACGAAUUGAAGAAAUGAGAACAAGCAGUAAAGAAAAAGACAAUACCAUCAUUCGACUAAAAUCUAGACUGCAAGAUUUAGAAGAAGAAUUUGAAAAUGCUUACAAACUCUCGGAUGAUAAAGAAGCUCAACUAAAACAAGAGAACAAAAUGUUUCAAGAUCUUUUAGGAGAGUAUGAGUCCCUUGGAAAAGAACACAGGAGAGUAAAGGAUGCAUUAAAUACAACUGAGAACAAAUUGCUUGAUGCAUAUACUCAGAUUUCUGAUUUGAAAAGAAUGAUUUCAAAACUUGAAGCUCAGGUCAAGCAAGUAGAACAUGAAAAUAUGUUAAGCCUUCGUCAUAAUUCUAGAAUUCACGUGAGACCCUCGCGUGCCAAUUUUCAUUCUAAUAGCACACUAGCAACUUCAGACGUCAGCAGGCGGAAAUGGCUGAUUCCAGGUGCAGAGUAUUCCAUCUUUACCGGCCAGCCUCUGGACACCCAGGACAGUAAUGUGGAUAACCAGCUGGAGGAAACCUGUAGCCCUGGGCACCGUUCACCUCUGGAAAAGGAUUCUUCACCUGGAAAUUCAUCAACAAGCUUGUUGAUAAAAAAGCAAAGAGAGACUUCAGACAUGCCGAUCAUGAGAGCUUUAAAAGAACUUGAUGAGGGAAAAAUGUUUAAAAAUUGGGGGACACAGACAGAGAAAGAGGACACCUCAAAUAUAAAUCCUCAGCAAACUGAAACUUCAGUUAAUGCAAGUCGUUCUCCAGAAAAGUGUGCCCAACAGAGACAAAAGAGACUUAAUUCGGCCUCACAGAGAUCAUCAUCUUUACCACCUUCAAAUCGUAAAUCAAGUACUCCAACAAAAAGAGAGAUUAUGCUAACACCAGUGACUGUGGCUUAUAGUCCAAAGCGAUCCCCUAAAGAAAACUUGUCCCCAGGAUUUAGUCAUCUGCUUAGCAAAAAUGAGAGCAGUCCGAUUCGAUUUGAUAUACUUUUGGAUGAUUUAGAUACUGUUCCUGUGUCUACAUUACAACGUACCAAUCCAAGAAAGCAACUCCAGUUUCUUCCUCUAGAUGGCUCGGAAGAAAAAACGUAUUCUGAGAAAGCCACCGAUAACCAUGUUAAUCAUAGCUCUUGCCCUGAACCGGUGCCAAAUGGAGUGAAGAAAGUAUCUGUGAGAACAGCCUGGGAGAAGAAUAAGUCAGUUAGCUAUGAACAGUGUAAGCCGGUUUCAGUCACUCCACAGGGGAAUGAUUUUGAAUAUACGGCAAAAAUUCGGACCCUAGCUGAAACAGAACGAUUUUUUGAUGAACUUACAAAAGAAAAGGACCAGAUUGAGGCAGCACUAAGCAGGAUGCCUUCUCCUGGAGGACGAAUCACUUUACAGACAAGAUUAAAUCAGGAAGCCUUGGAAGAUCGUUUGGAAAGGAUUAAUCGAGAACUGGGUUCAGUUCGCAUGACGCUAAAGAAAUUCCAUGUUUUGCGCACCUCUGCAAAUCUUUGAGAUUUGUAGCCAUUAAAUUUUGAGACAUUUUUGUUUGCACUAAUGUAUAAUUAUGCAGUCAGAAAAGGCAAACUAUUUUGUACUGUUUAUAAGCCUUCAAACAGUAGUUUUACAAUCAUGCUAUUCUUACACUUGCUAUUUUAUACUUCAAAUGGCCACAUAUUUUCAAGAUAUUUUUGUUAUGCUCAGGAAUCUCUUGUAUAUUUUACUAUUUAAAAAGCAUUAUUUUUAAAUAGUAUAUGUCUCCAAUUUAUAUCAAGAAUAAGGAAAUAUAAACAGGGGAAGCAGCUUGUUUCUAAACAAAUAGUGUUAUCCUUUUACAAUUAACUUUGCACACCAAUUUUAUAAACUUGUUCUACAUUGUAAAUACAAUUCAUUUUUUAAAAAAUAAAGCUUAAUAGCUUCCAUAAUGAUAGACUAGUACAUGCUGAAUACAUAAACAAUUACAGUGUACCUUGGAUUUCAGGUGUGUUGAGGUUUUUAAAAAAUGAUAAUGCAAUUCCUAUUUGAAACAUGUCUUAGAGUGAAUAUCAGAAUAGUAAUAAUGGACUCUUGGAAAGCUUUGAAAACUACAUGAAUAUAACUCAUUUUCUUUAAACUUUAUUGUCUGUAAGAGAAAAAUGAGAGAGAUUGUAAUUCUCUAAUUUUAUCUUUUCUAAAAAAGUUAAACAAUUGGAGAGCCUGCUCUGGAGGGCUCUCAGCGUAGCUCUCUGCCCAUUGUUCUGAAUUAACUUGUGUCCCACCCUGGACAAUAAAUGGACAGAUAAACCCUUUGAAAUACAAGCCACCACCCCAUGAGGGAUUAAGAGGGCAGCCUGGUUUUCUUAGUGUGCAUGGCUUCAGCUGUCCGUCGUAGUUGUCAUCUGGAUAUGUUCACCCCUUUCCACUCCUUCACCCUGGCCAAAAGGAAAAUAUUUCCAUUGUAGGUGCUUUAAGAACACGAGACUUUAGAUCAUCACAAUCUACUGUAUUUGUUAAUGGACAGGGAGUGUGUCCAGAUGGAGCCUGGUGCCUUCCCCUCAGCCUUGCAGAGGGCUCCAACCCACUGCCUCUGUGGUAGCCGCUGGCUCUCAGAAGUAGCGCGUGGGCAGGAGUCUCUCCUCUGAUCCAGGAGCAUUGGCAGGUUUGUGUUGGGACUGCUGGUUAAGUUGGAGCUGUGUAACCGCUUACUUUUUGGUAGCCAGUCAGAACGCAGUGCCCCACAUAAUUCCCGCUCGGUACAUGUUGAUAAACAGACUCAUCCAAACUUUCAAAAUGGAUUCGUACUAAACAUGCUCAGAUUUUAAAUUUUGGUUUGCUUUUGAGCUUUUCCUCUUUAUGUGGCUCUUAAUAAUAAGUAGUUAGAAUGAACCAAGCCAUCCCAGUUAUUCCAAGCAGGCUUUCAAACGACCUUUGAGCACCCUUCACCUGGCUGGUCCCCAGGCCAGGGGUCCGCAGCCCUGCUCCCUUCUCAGCAAGGAGUGCGGCCUGUCUGACAGUGCAGUUGAACCUUUGCUCCCUACUCCUGCAACUUUUGAAGACUUCAGGCUAAUCAAAAUUACUUAUAAUUAGAAUCAAGUGCCUUUAUUCUUGUUUUUUAUUUUUAUUUUAUUUUAUUUAUUUAUUUUUUUAGAUGGAGUUUUGCCCUUGUUGCCCAGGCUGGAGUGCAAUGGCAUGACCUCAGCUCACUGCAACCUCUGCCUCCCGGGUUCAAGCGAUUCUCCUGCCUCAGCCUCCCGGGUAGCUGGGAUUACAGGCAUCUGCCACCAUGCACAGCUAAUUGUGUGUGUGUGUAUCUUUUUUUUUUUUUUUUUUUUUUUUUUUUUAGUAGAGAUGGUGUUUCACCAUGUUGGCCAGGCUGGUCUCAAACUCCUGAACUCAUGUGAUCCGCCUGCCUCGGUCCCCCAAAGUGCUGGGAUUACAGGCAUGAGCCACCACAUCUGGCCUAUUCUUGGUAUUCUUUAUUCUUGGUUUUCUAGCCUUAAAAAAAAAAAUCUAGUCUUGGUAAAGAAAAUGUUCAUUUUAAUCAAGCUCCAGUACAGGUUGUGUCAAGACCUAGUAAGACCACCUUUAAUGUGUUCCUGGAUAUGACGUUAAAAACUAACUUGAAAAUUGUUAGGAUAUUUCCUUGUUCCCUACUUUUAUUGUAAAAUCUACUACAUUCUUAAGAAUUAAAAAAUGCCAUUUCAGAAGAUAGUUUUAUCUUGCCAAGGAAUUAUCUUCUUAGUAGCCUAUAUUGGCUUAUUCCAAAAAAGGCGUUAAGCUCCAUCAAAACAUCUUCUGCGCCUCUCUCUCAGCAUAUGCUUUGAUAUUUGAAGUGUGUAAUAGAUUGGAGCUAUCAGUCACUUAUUUCUAAAAAAUGUAUUCUUUUUUCUUCAUAGCUGUGAAGAGGGAUACCAAGGAAAAUUCUUUCUGCUAUCUUUCUCUUUGGUAAUGCUUAUCUUAUGAACACUCAACUGAAAAAACACUCCACCUAAAAGUAGGAAAGAUGGCAAUUCUAAAUAGCAGCUAUUAUCCCGGGGUGUAAACUAUUUUUGUUGUUGGCUUGGGGCUGUGCUGCAGGUAUUAAUAGUUAAAAA